GUCUGUUUUGAUGUGUGUUUAAAGCAACAUGGCUCUGUUCCCGUCCUUCUCCGGACUGUCAGGCAGCAAUAGCUCUGCAGAAAGUAAAGCUCCAGCGGAUCUGGAAUGGCUGAGUAAUCAGAGCUUCAACACAGAAGAUGCUUUGAAGACUCAUCAGCGAGCCACAGACAGAGCCCGAGCAGAGACAGAGGAACCGGCAGGCACAAGUGAGGAGAAGUGUAAAGAGAGAGGAGACAACCAUGGCAGAUCGAAAAAGAGAAAGAAAGAAAAGAAGAAAAAACACAAGAAGAAGAGGAGCAGAGAUAACUCUGAAAGUAGUGGGUCUGAAUCAGACACCAUAUACCCCAGUGACCUUUUAAAAAAGGAGAACACUGACAGAGAGGAAGCUCAUGUUCGGGUGAGCGAGACCUUUAUGUGGCUGGAUGACCUCCAGACCCCCACUGACUCCCCCUUCUGCAUCGACAGGAGAGCGGACCGUGCCAACUGGCAAUACAAAUCCCUCUAUAGGGGAGACAUAGCCAGGUAUAAGAGGAAGGGAGGCUCGUGUCUAGGGUUGGACUUGAGAAAGCAGGCUGUGACCUGGACUGAUGGAGGAUCAGAGAAGAAGCGGGUGGACAAGAAACCAGAGCGCUAUUUCUCUUCUUCCACCCGUCAGCUGCUUCAGUUAAGGGGUCUGCCAGCUUUGCCUGUACUCUCUGAAGGCAGCACCCCCAACUCUGAUCCCUACAUCAAACUUACGGUCUGUGGUGGAGAACAGGGCUCUUCCACCCAGAUACUAGAAUCAUGGGUCAAUCCACUGGGCAUUUAUGAUCCUGGAACCACUUUGUGGCUGGAGGGCAAGGGCCAGCCGGAGCUCAGGGGAGAUCAACAGGGCACUGAAGCCCAAGAGAGCAACAGCACUCUUCUGAGCACUCGAGUGGAGGAGUUUAACAAGAACCUACGGGAGAAUCCUACUGACAUCAAGCUGUGGCUGGACUUUGUACACUUUCAGGAUGAGCUGGCGUUCGGUUCUGGGUCGUUUUCUUCUGCCGGUGACUGUGAUGCAGAAAUGAGGAAGAUGUCUCUUCGUGCUGUGCUGGAGAAGAAGCUCUCCAUCAUGGACAGAGCAGUGGAAAGUAACCCUUCUGACGUGAACCUGAAAUUGGAGAAACUCCGUCUGUGCAAGGAGUUAUGGGAGCCUGCUGUCCUGCAGAAGGAGUGGAAAAAGCUAGUGUUCAUCCAUCCAAACAGUGCACCUUUAUGGAGGAAGUAUCUGCUCUUCACACAGAGCCAUUUCAGCACUUUCUCCGUGUCUAAGGUCAAUGGUGUUUUCGGCAAGUGUCUGAGCACGCUCAGUGCAGUCCAGGAUGGCAGCAUGGUGUCUCACCCUCCACUUCCAGGCACACAGGAAGAUCUCUUGGAUAUCUUUCUGCUGCAGUGCCAUUUCCUGCGUCAGGCAGGUCAUACAGAGAAAGCCGUUUGUCUUUUUCAAGCCCUACUGGACUUCACUUUCUUCAAGCCAGACAAUGUAAAGAAUCUGGCCACCAGACAACAGGUGGAUUUUUUUGAGCCAUUUUGGGACAGUGGAGAGCCCAGGAUUGGGGAGCGGGGGGCUCGUGGAUGGAAGGCUUGGAUGCUUCAGCAGGAGAAAGGAGGAUGGGUAAUUCCGCCUGAGCCAGAUGAUGAGGAGGAGGAAGAGCAGGAGGACUCUGAGAUCAAAGACAAAACUUGGCCCAAGUGGAAGAUCUGGUUAGAUGUGGAGGCAUCCCGAGAGGCAAACCAAUGGCUGCCGUGGAGACCAGAUAAAACCAAGGGCCAAUCAGAAGAGGACUGCGAGGACCCAGACAGACAGGUCUUAUUCGAUGAUAUUGGCCCGUCCAUGAUUCGUGUGGACAGAGCAGAUCUCCAGGCGCAGUUGAUUCUGGCGUUCCUGCAGUUCCUCGGUCUCCCCGUAGCUUCAACCAAGUUCCAAACAGCAUCUUCCUCUAGCGUUCUGCUGGACGAUCUCACUUUCCUUGAAGAGGGCCCUGAUCUGGAGCGACCUCUGACAUCUUAUGACCUCCCAGUGACUGGGAUCUGUGCUGUGGGUCACAUGACAUGUCUGAGUGGAUGCAGGAACAAAGCAGGGCUGUGUAAAGCUGGAGAGGAGUUUCUUUGCAAUGUUUUACAUCAAACUCUCCGGCUCGUCUCUGCACAGGAUCAAGCUGCUAUUACUCUUUGCUGGCUGCAGUAUGAGAAACUCAAGGUGCUGAGGUGUUUACGCAGUGGAAAUAAAAGACAAAUGAAGUCUCAGGGGAAGCGUAGUAAACGUCUUGCAAAAAGGCUGCUAAAAGAGCCAGAGAACAGGGGCAGUCUGGCACUUUGGAGAGAGUAUGCCCAUCUGGAGUGGCUUCUAGGAAAUCUGGAAGAGGCUCGAAAAGUUUUUGACACUGCCUUGAGUAUGGGUAUUUCUAGGGGUCUAAAUGACCAUGUUCUCUGCAAGCUCUGCUUUCUUUACGCACAGCUAGAGGUAGAACAGGCUUUAAGCAGUAAUACAGUUUCCACAUUUUCCAAAGCUGUCUACAUUCUGACUAAAUUAGCAGAAGGUUCUGCCUACACUCCUUUCUCUGGCCAGAUCAACCCAGUGGUCAUAUUGAAGGCCAGAAAGGCAUAUGAGCAGGCCCUAUUGAGUAUUUUACCUGAGCAGAACACAGACAGCAAUGCUGGAGCUCCAAAGAAACACAAUAGGACGUCCAGUCUAAUUGGAUGUUUUGGACUUUUUCAGUACCUGACAAUGGGGAUCGAUGCAGCACAUGCUGUGUACAGUCAGGCCAUCCAAAAACUGAUUCCCAGCCAUUUGAAUUCAGAAGCAGCAGAUGGAUCUCGGAGAUCUAAGGUCUUUGCGGACUGUGAGGCUGUUGUUGUUCAGCAUGUAGCACUGCUGCGCCAUCACACUAACACUAAUGCGUUCCCCCUAUCCCGACUGAGAUUGGCACUUACAGAUGCGCUCUCCUUACUGCCCUCCAGUGCCUCAUUAUGGCAUCUCUACCUGCAAACAGAGAACCACUACCACAGCGCAGGCCGAACUCGCAGGUUCUUUCACAGCGUGGCAAAGAAAACGGACAGUGUUGUGCCGUAUCUCUUCGCCAUCACUGCAGAACAACGUCUUAAACAGUUGCUGGACUCUGUGCAAAGGUCUCGUCUUCCUGGUGAAGCUCUUCCCACCCUGCCAGUGAAUGGUCUUAGCAAUCGUAUCCGCUGUCUGUUUGAAAGCGCUACUGGGACAGAACACGGAGCCCACUGUCCUCUGCUGUGGAGAAUGUAUCUGAACUUCAUGGUCUGUGAUGGGAAUGCAGACAGAGGCAGUGGAAUCUUUUACAAGGCUUUACAGGAAGUGCCCUGGGUAAAGGGCUUGUACAUGGAUGCAGUGCAGCUGUUUCCUGAACGUGUGCAGGAGUUUUUAGACCUCAUGACUGAGAAGGAGUUGCGUCUGAGAAUGCCCAUGGAGGAGGUGGACAUCCUGCUGGAGGAGUAGCCAUCAAAACCCUUCUCGUAAAUACACUAGCAUCAACAACCGCUGUUCACUAGCCAACAGAAACAGAAUCUCACUCAACAAACAGUAAAAAAAAUCCAGAUUUUAUUUAUUUAUGCAUUGCUAAAUGUAUUUUUCUAUAAUUUUGAGAUUAAAUAGUAUGUUUGAUUUAA